UUUCUUUAACCUCUAAUCUGUGUCACUUUGAGUCCAAACAAAGAUCAAUUUCUCUAUUUUCUCUUUCUCUUUCUCUUUCCCUUGUGGGUGGUGGAGUAGUAACUAGUAAGAUGGCAAGGAAACCAAGCAUGGGUCGUCAAAAGAUUGAGAUCAAGAGGAUCAAUUGUGAAGCCUCUAGACAGGUCACCUUCUCUAAACGCCGAGCAGGGCUUUUCAAGAAGGCCAGUGAACUCUGCACCCUCUGUGGUGCCGAGACAGCCAUCCUCGUUUUCUCUCCUGCAGGGAAGGUCUUCUCUUUUGGCCACCCUGGUGUAGAGUCCAUAGUAGAGAGGUUCUUAACCGAUAAUGAUCUGUCACCGGAAACCGGUGCGGCGGCGCUACCUCUUGUGGAUGCUCACCGUGGAGCCAGUGUUCGUGAGCUAAACAGGCAAUACACAGAGGUGCUCAAUCAACUGGAGGCCGAGAAGAAACGAGCUGAGGCAAUCCAGAAAUCUACUGUAGAAGCAGCAAAGCAAGGUGAGCCUUGGUGGGAAGCUGAUAUUGAAGAAAUGGGAAUGCUUGAGCUUCAGCAGUUGAAGAUUUCAAUGGAGGAGUUAAAGAAGAAUAUGACGAAACGAGCUGAUGAGCUUAUGGCUAAGGCUGCAGUUACCUCUCCUUUCCUAUCUAUCAAUUCAAUGGGAAUGAUGGAUCGUUUUGCAGCAGCUAGACCUAACCCUAAUCUGAAUAAUGCUUCAUCAAUCGUUCCUUAUGGACAUGGUUAUGGUCUUAGUUUUGGACGUGGGCUGUUCUGAAAUCUUCUUUCUCUCACUAGCUAGGUCUGUGUGUAUGGUUUUAAAUACGGAAGUGGCAUUUCUGAACUGUGUUUCUCUCACUAGAUCCGUUGUGUUUUUCUUGUUCUUUAUAUAUGAAAACCUUGACACUAAAUCUCUAUAUAUAUAUAUAUAUAUAUAUACGCUCUUAUGAAUAAUAAUAUUGCAUGGGUUUUUCACGGAAAA